UUUUUCUUCUUUCUUUCCCUCUCUCUUAAUCUGUCAGUUUCUCUCUCUAUCUCCACCAUUCCUCACUCACUCUCUCAAAAACUGCAAAUUUCACCACGCUCCAGAUCACCUUUUCUCUUUCUCUCUCUAGGGUUCCAGAUUCUCUCUCUUUCUAUCAUUUUCUAGAGAGAGGAAAUUCAAAAGCCUUAUUAAAGGAAUUUUGCCUUUUCUUUCUUUAGAUUCUUCUUGAUUCUGAUCAAAUUUUAUAUGAACAAUUAAAUUUAUCCAUAAUCGCAGACGUAGAUAGUUGUGUUGCUGAUUACCCAAGGAGUAACGUCGUGUUACUAUGUGUUUGUUAUUGCCUGAGAAAGUUAGGCCAGUUUGGUAGAAUUUGAUGAUAUGCAGCAGUUCUAUAAAAAAUGUUAUAAAUCAAGUCGGGUGCAUCGGGGUUCUUUCCAGAGGAAGUGUAUGGCUAGGAGUUACUGGACGAGUUUUGCAUGACAAACGUAGUCCCUCGUAUUCCUUCAAUUGUGAGAUUAGAAGGUUCAGGGCAAGUGGAAAAAUGAUGGUUGAUACUGAUUCCAUGCAAAAUCGCGGUUCUGUAGUGGGUGUCUUGCCAGAGAAAGGGGAGAAUGGUGGCUAUGCUAGUGGUGGAUGCAAAAGUGAAGAUGGAAAGUUAAGCUGUGGAUAUUCAAGUUUCCGGGGAAAGAGAGCUAGCAUGGAAGAUUUUUUUGAUGUCAAAAUGUCUAAAAAGAAUGGGAAGACUGUGUGCCUCUUCGGAAUUUUUGAUGGUCAUGGUGGUUCUCGUGCAGCUGAGUAUUUAAAGGAUUAUCUCUUUGAGAAUCUCAUGAAACAUCCAAAAUUUAUUGAGGACACUAAAGUGGCUAUAAGUGAAACAUACAAGAAAACUGAUGUGGAGUUCUUGGAUUCUGAAAAGGAUACAUUCAGGGACGAUGGGUCCACAGCUUCAACAGCGGUACUCGUUGAAAACCAUCUUUAUGUUGCUAAUGUUGGAGAUUCACGCACAGUAAUAUCCAAGGCUGGAAAAGCAAUAGCCCUUUCUGAAGAUCACAAGCCAAACAGACUUGAUGAGCGGAAGAGAAUAGAGAAUGCAGGUGGUGUUGUAAUGUGGGCAGGGACUUGGAGAGUUGGAGGUGUAUUAGCCAUGUCUCGUGCUUUUGGCAAUCGCAUGUUGAAACAAUUUGUUGUGGCAGAACCUGAAAUUCAGGAACAAGAGAUCAAUGAAGAACUUGAGUUACUUGUGCUUGCCAGCGAUGGCCUUUGGGAUGUUGUUCCAAAUGAGGAUGCUGUUACAAUUGCUUGGGCAGAAGAAGAACCGGAAGCAGCUGCUAGGAAAUUAACUGAGACUGCUUUCAACCGUGGUAGUGCUGACAAUAUCACCUGCAUUGUGGUAAGGUUCCACCAUGAUAAUGCAGGCAGGCCCCGGCUCGAGCAGCAGAAGUCACUUGAGCUCCAUCAAGACAUAAGUUCGGAGCCUGGGCCCCAACAAGAAUUGAGUAAUUUACCUGAGUGCCAACAGGAUCAAAAGAAUGUUUUAGAGCUCCAACAAGAUCAGAAUAGUGUCUUGGGGCUCCAACAAGACCAGAACAAUGACCUGGCGCUCCAACAAGACCAGAACAAUGACAUGAAUCUCCAAGAUGAAGACUCCAUUGAAAAAGUACGUUAUAUUUUGAAUGUUACGUUUUAAAUUAUUCUCUCUCAAGAAUGAAGACACCAUUGAAAAAGUACCUUCAAGCUCCUAAUUUCUAAAAGUUUAAAAAAAAAAAAAAAAAAAACCAUUUUCUCUUUAUUUAUCAAAAUCUCAGACAAUGUUCUCCUUUGUCCUAUGCAAAGUUAUUGCAAAUUCCUCCAAAAGUACUAUGUUCCUUUUAUUUUUUUACGUUUGGUAAUAGGUAUUAUGAACAAUGACAUUUUUUUAAUUUAGUGGGUGUAUUGGGAUAUAGCAAUAAAAAAAAUAUUGAAUGGGUAUAAAAUUAAUGGUAGGUACUUUUUUAUUUUUUUUUAAUGAUAAAUUA